GGAGAGGAACGAAGGGGAGGGGGGGGGAGCGGCGGGACGACGUAUAGAGAGAGAGAGUGUGUGAGAGAGAGAGAGCGGAUGCGAGUAUAAAGCACACGGGUGAUCGCCAGUCGUCGACAUUUCGAGAAGUCAUCACCAGCAGCCUCAUUCAGCAGCCUAAUAUCCAGAGCCUCAUCUCUUCCUUUCUCAAGCCCUCCUUUCUCUCUCUCUCUCUCUCUUUCGCUUCAAGAGACUCUUUUCACGUUCUCCCUGCCGGUCAGGUUUUGCACCCGAGAUAUACACACACACAACAACUUUCUUUACACACAACAAACUUCACACACACCAUGUCUCUCAAGGUCAUCCUCGCCACCUCGGCGCUGCUCGCCGCGCAGCUCGUGUCGGGCCACGCCGCCAUCAUCAAGGCCGUCGGCGACGCCGGCGGCUCUGGCAUGGCCAUUGGCGUCGACCCCAACACCCCCCGCGACGGCACGCGCCGCCGCCCCUUCCAGGCCGACUCGACGCGCUUCCGCGGCGCGUCGGCCAAGACGGUGGGCGAGACCAUCGGCGCCGGCGCCAACGACGCCGAGUCGGGCACCGCCGCCGUCAUGCAGAUGACGGGCGACAGCCUGCCCCAGAUCUCGCCCGGCGGCCAGCUCCAGAUGACGGUCCACCAGGUCAACGCCGACGGCGCUGGCCCCUUCAAGUGCAUGAUCAACGCCGACGGCACCGCCCAGUCCUGGGAGAACAUCCAGGUCACCACAAACGUCGCCGGCAACGAGCGUGGCCGCAACCGUGAUGGCAACGCCUCGGACCACCCCCUCGUCGCCGCGAUCCCCGCCGGCCAGACGUGUACCGGCUCCGUCGCCGGCCAGGACAAUGUCUGCAUGGUCCGGUGCCAGAACCCUGCCCGCGCUGGUCCCUUUGGUGGUGUCAUCCCCGUCCAGAUGGCUGGUGCUGCCGGCGGCGCUGGCAAUGGCAACACCCCUCCGGCUGGCAACACUGGCAAGAACGGCAAGAACGGCAACGCUGGCAACGCCGGCAACGCCGGAAACGCCGGAAACGCUGGAAACGCUGGAGGCAACGGCGCUGGCCGUGCUGGUCGCCAGGGUGGCGGCAACAAGAACAACAACAACAACAACAACGCCGCCCGCGCUGUCGAGUUCACCGCCUAAGGGACCAAGUCCAAGAGCAUGCGGACAACGAUUCGUAUGCCCCUUUUGUGGAUUUUUACGGCCUGGGGGGCCUCUAGAGCAUGCAGGCAGGCCCGACUUGUCGUCAUCUGCCCGCCUGUGAACUGAUGCUCUUGAUCGGCCCAUCGGGAAUUGUGUGGGAGCUGGGCUCUGCUGGAAAAUAACGCCUGUCAUAAUAGUGCUGCUGCUGCAACAUGAUUUCCCAUGUUUUCUUUUAUACAUACUCUGUACUCCCGUU